UAUACAAACGCGGUUGAAAGUAAAAUGGAGUCAAGCAGUUCAGUAAACACAGCGCCACGGUACGAGCUGGUAGUGCGUUCGAUUCCGUAAAAAUGUCGGCCACAGUUGAAACAAGUUUGAAAGACAAAAUUCGAAAUGCUGUGGAAAUCCCAAUCUUGACAAGAUGCUGUUUUUGUUUUCCCAUGAGGAAAGGUCUUGUGGCCUUUGCAUAUAUCAAUUUGACGCUGACGGUGGUCGCCACAACAUUCCUAUCUUUAUACAUAACUGCCGUACGAAACGCAAAUGUGAAGGAGCUGAACAGCGAAUACCCCCGGCUGAUUAUAGCCACUACAGCCCAAGUUAUCGAAAUAUGCAUGACUAUCAUGUUCAUAGUAGCUUUACAUAAGAAAUACGUGGUUCUGAUGAGGGUAUUUCUGUACUUUGAGAUCACAUACUCAGUGGUCGGCCUCGUGUACAGCCUUGUUUGUAUCUCCGAAGAAAGCGCCAAUGAGCUGUUUUUGAUGUUGUUUGAAUUUACAUUACAAAUCUACUUGGCAAUUCUAAUCUACAGUUCAAUUGUAAAGAUGGAGAGAGAUGGCACAGUGAAGUACACACGCGACAGGGAUCCAGUGUAAUCAAUAGAAAUAUGUACCAUAUUUGCAUGUAGAUAUAGGGACCAAAUAGAAUAAGUUAUAUUGCAUUAUUCCUGUGCAAUAAUUAUAUAGUUAUUAUACGUUUGCGAUUGAUAACUAAAAAUUUCUUUUUAUUUUAAAUAUUUUUGUUUUGAGAUAGUUGAAUUAAAACAAAAAUAUUUUAUAAUUUAUACCAUACAGGUGAAGUCGAAAUAAUUUAAAUUCUUACAGGGGAAUGUUCUACAAAUAAAAACUUUAAAUUAUUGAAAAUAUUUAGUUACUAAAUACACUACACAAUACACUUCUUUUGAAAUAAAAUUAAUGAUUUAGAAUUCGCCUGUAUGCAACCUGUAACGAAACGUAUAUAACAAGCCAAAAUCCAUAGACAAUACUCAUAAGGGUUCGAGUAUAGACACAAAACAAACGAUCUCGUGAUCAUUUUAGUAUGAAACAUUCAAAAAUAGUCUUUAAACUCUUUGGGGAAAAAUGUUCACUUAAUAAUAUCUGAACGUCGGUUAAUUGUAUGCGUUUAUGUUACACAUUAUCUAUAGAAUCUGUCUAUGAAAUUUUGUUUUUCUUUUUUCAUAUAUUGUACAAAGUUAUAUGUUUAAGUUCAAAUAAAGUAAUCGUUAUAUAUUUAAAAGACCCAAGAUCUAAUCAGAUUUUUAUUGUUUUCCCAUUCUUUUUACAAUUUUUAUGUUUUCGACUAUAGUAUUUUUUUUCGAAAACUAAAAACUAUUUAUGACAUUAAUAAUGGUACUAAGUAUACAUUACUUGAGGUUACCACAAUUAUGUAAUUGUAAAAAAUAAUAAAAAAUCCAAUUACUAGAUACCUACUAACAAUAUAAUAUGGUGAAAUUGUUUAUAUUUGAUUUAAUUAGAUAUAAACGAAACAGAAUGGUAAAUAUUAAGGUAAAUGUUGCAAUCUCGCUGACACUGAUUAAUUAUCUGGGUCAAAUAUUAUUGUUAGAUGUAAUUUUAUUGUCAUGCAUUUUAGCUGGAAAUAAAGUAAACCAUAAUGUUUACUAAGAAUGAACUAAAGGAACGUUUUCCUGCUAAAAAUUUUAGCGUAAUAAGUAAAUAUUAUGCAGUUUUUUUUUUAUUAUAAGUUUUUGUCUUUUUUCUUAACAGUAUCUAAAAUAAAAACAACAGCAAAGCAUGAAAAUAUGAGCUAUUUACUGACUGAUUCAAUCGAAUUACGAAUUGAUAUAAAAUCUAAAUUACAUUAAAUAAAUUAAAUUAAUAAAUUUGUACUUUUGUUUACCUCUGUCAUAUUUUUAUAACUAAUGUGUGCAAUAAAGUAUUAAAUAAAUUUGACGACUAUUAAAUGCAAUUUGAAUUUUAUUCGAUUGCCUUAAAUAUUACUAUGUCAAUGUAGGCUUAAUGUGUUUUUAGACUUUGAUCAGUAAAGAUUUAGUCCAAGUCUAAAAAACGUCGUCAUCAAAACAGCAUCGAAAUGCUCAUAUCUAUAAAUGCUCUUUUGAUUAUCACAUUCCUUGUUUAUAGUUAAUGUCGAAUAAUGUUUUCUCUUGUUAUAUCCGACUAUAAUAUUAUUUUGACCGAUCAUGAUAUCUUGACCGAUUUUAAGUUAUAUUAAAGAUUUUAACUAAAAGUAUUAACAGAGCAAUCUACCAGUGAUAUUAAACAUCGUUCCAAAAUGCAUAAGGGUCAAAAAACAAAAAGCUUUGACGAUAAAGUACAAGUUUCCAUUACUGUCAAUUUAUUUGUAUUAUAUAUUAAAAACAAGUUACCAUUAAAUAAAUAAUAAUAAACAAUUAUUCUUACAUUAUCUAAUAGAUGUUCAUACAUAUACUACGUAUAGCUAUUGUACUGUUUUAAUUUUACAAGUUCAAGGUCAUAGUUAAAUUUUAUUUAAUACCAAAUUAAUAUUGUAGCAAAUAAUAUAUGUACAUAUCUAAUUCUAAAAACAUUCAAACAUGUAAUAACAUAAUGAUAUCCCACAUUAAUAAGUGAUAAAAAACAAAAUAACUUUUUAACAGUUUUUAACAGCAAUUUAACAGUUAUUUAACUAUAUAAAUGGUCAGACCCUAUUGCGUAUGGAUAAUACAAAUUUUAAGCUAAAAAUUGUUAUGUAAUUUGUAUUGCUUAAAGAAAUUAUAAAGAAAUACAUUUAAAAAUUACUCAUAUUUUUGCUCAAAAUAAAUUCCACACAAACAGUUCUUACUGUAAGUGUAACACAAAUUUACGUUACUAUUCGUUUAAGGCAAUAAUUUGUAUUGAAAACUUAACUGCACAUCUUACGAAUAGUUUUGGAUAGUCAGAUUUCCUUAUUUAAUGACAUAAAUAUAAACGCAGUCAUAAUGUCAUUUUUUAUACAACUCAUACUGCGCUCUCUGUGCUACAUAAAAUGAGAAUAAAGUUAUUUGCUUGGUUAUUUAUCAAAGCAAGCAAGUACUUAUUACGCUAACCUCUGUGAAACCAACUACCGUGAAAGCAUUACGUGUCAUUAAUAUAAAGAGUCUGGGCACACAAAGCCGCACUCUAUGAAAAUUACUAUAGGAAGUAAUUAUUCAACACAUUAUAAUAGAUGAUAUAAUAGUAACUGUAAUAUGUUUACAUAAAUAAAAAUCAAUUGCCGAAUAUACUCACCUGUAAGUACAUCAUUUAAAUACGAUUGUGCCUAUUUAGCUAAUGUUUUUUUUUUCGUCAAGUUUGCAAUUGUCAGGACAACAUUUGUACAAAGUAAAAUGUUUGCAAAAUUAAACAAAAAGUGAAAAUUUUGCGUUAAAAAGUAUUAAAGACUUGGCCUCGUUUCCUUCAUUAUUCUAUUUUGUCAUUAAACUUUAUAAUAUCGUGAUGAUGCAACGCGAAAUCUUCAAUAAAAAUGAUCAUUUUGAAGAAAAGUCAAUUAAGAAUCUCGACAUGACUUCAGUUCUUAUGACCUAUUAAUUAUUAUUUAUUAAUGAAAUAAAAAAAUAAUUAUUAACGAUAUAAUAAUUAAUUUUGUGGUUACUUCAUGUACCAACUUAAAAAUCUUGUGUUGUAAUAAUGUAUGAGCCCUUCUAUCAUAUUUGAAAAUAUAAUAAGAAAAUAUAAAUAUAGAUAGUAAAUAUUCUUAGCUUUUGUCUCCAUAGACUAGAAAUUACUGAAAUGAUGAUGAUAAUAAAAUAGGUAUAACAAAUUGUUUUCGUUUCAUUUAAUUUGUUUACUAGCCAUCAAAUUACCUUAAAGACAUAUUUAGAUGAAUUAUAACUUUAAGAAAAAUCCUCAUUUACAUAAACCAUAUUUAGAUUGAUCUGGAUAAUAUUUAAGUAAUAAUAAUAAUGAUAAAAAGAGAAAAUAAAGAGUAUAAUAAAUAUACAGAUAUAAAUAAUAUACCUAGUUCAACUAAGUAAAGUUAAAUUGUAAAUAAAGUACAUUAUUUUUUCA